AUGAGUUUUUUACAAAUCGGUUCAGAUGUCAAUGAAAAUGACACUGCGAUAACAAUUUUAAGUGAAGAAUUAGAAAAUUUAGAAAAAAGUUUUAAUAAAUCUUUGGAAACAAUUGAAAAUUUAAUUAAAUUUUAUCAAUUAGAUGAUGAACAACAAGCACAAGAUAUAUAUAAUACCAUAAUUAAUGAACCUAUCCUUAUAAAUAAAUUAAAUUCUCAAAUAUAUCAAAAUGAAAAAACAUAUCAAUUAAAAUAUCGUGAAGAAUUAAAUAAAAUUAUCAAGAUUCAUAUGGAUUCAUUUGAUAAAAUUCAACCAAAUUUAGAAUUAAUUUAUGAUCAAUAUAUUAAAAAUCAAAGUAUAAGUGAAUUAAAUAAUGAUAUUGAUGAAAUAACUCCUUUUGAAUUAUCACAAGAUGAAUCAGGUUCAAAACAAGAAUUAUCAUUAGAUUUAAAUAAACAACAAUUAUUAAAAUUAAUUGAAUUAGAAAAAUUUAAAAGAUUUAAAAUUCAAGUUAUAAAUGAAAAAAUUUAUGAACCAAAUAUUAAAAACAAGGAGAAAUCAUUUGAAAUUUGGAGUAAUAGAGAAAGAGAUUUAAAGAAAUUUUUUAAUAUUGAUUUAGAAAAUAUGAAUAAAAAAAUUCAAUUAGUUAAAAAGACUGAGAAUUUAGAGAUAUAA